AUGGCCCUGGGUGUGUCGGCCAGCAUGGCCUUCCUCCUCCUCUUCUCCCUCGUCGUCGUCUCUCACUGUGACACCCUCCAAGCCGACUCCACCACAAACGCCUCAUCCUCGUACAGCGCCGUCGUCCCCGCUAAGGUGCACGCAGUUCUGGAUGCGGAGAGACUCCUCAGCCUCCCAUCCAGCGUUGCGGAGCCGGACCCGGAUCGGUCGCCGGUGGAGCCCGUUGCGGAGCCGGACCCGGAUCGGUCGCCGGUGGAGCCCGUUGUGGAGCCAGACCCGGAUCGGUCGCACCCGGACAGUGACGAAGACAAGGACGAGGAUGAGGAGGAAAAGGAGAAGGCAAACGCCAAACAGGAACAAAGAGGGGAAGAAGAAAACCAAGAAGCACCACGAUGGCGGCGACAAGGGGAAGAAGGAGAAGCAGUCAAAGAAGCACCUCCGGCAAAGCGAUGA